AUGUCUCAGGAAGUUGACUGGUUACACAGCCAAGCAGGUGUGUGUAAGGUAGACCUUUACAAUCCUGAUGGAGGAAAAGACCAGGACCGAAAAGUGAUUUGUUUUGUUGAUGUCUCUACCCUGAACAUUAAAAAUACAGAUGAUACAGGCAAAGAUGCUGCUGGCCAGUCUAAAGCCAAUGAACCUGUCACAGGACUUGAUCUGGGGAAAAUGCAGGACAAAGAGGUAAUUGUAAUAAAGGAUAGUGAGACACCAGAACAGUCUAAGACUGAAGGAGCAGUUUGUCUGUUCAAACAAGGUUCAACCGAAGAACUGAAUGUUGUGACCUGGCUCUUUGACGACCUGCAAAAAUAUGCAUGUGGGUUCCAACAUGCGCUGACCCCUUCAAGUGCCCCUCGUCAACAUAAGCCAUCAGCGGCUGACAAGAUGUCCCAGAACAACAACAACACAGCUUUCAAGUCUCCUGAAGGUCAGAAGGGACCUGCAGACGAAGUAGCAAGCACUGUCCAAAAGCUAUGCUCCUUGGUUAUGCAAAUGGCAAGUAAAGAGAUUUCUGAAAAUCUUGAAGAUGCUGCCAAUAAAUGCAUACGUCAGGCAAUUUAUGCCACUAAAGAUGGGAAAGCUCUCAAUCCCUCUGGUUCUGUAAGUAAAGAAGAGGGUAAAGGAGGUCCCAAGAAAACAUCUCUCUUUUAUGGUGAGGUAUCUUCCAACCAAAGUGAAUCUAUUCCAGAUGAUGAAGGAAAGCCAAUGUCACAUGCUCAAUUGAUACCCCCAAGGAGACAGUCAGCACGCAAUGAUGGUAGUUCUUUUAACAAAGGGCUGAUGGUUUAUGCAAACAAAAAUGCUAAGGAUAUGACAUUCUCAUUUGUGAAUGCCACAAAGAUUCACAAAGGUAGGCAACCACUUCCAGCUUGUGUGGUUUUGAAAAGAGUGUUUCUCAAACACACAAGGGAUGUCAUAUCAGACUUAAUUGACUCUACCAUGAAAAAUCUACAUAAUGUCACUGGGGUCCUCAUGACAGACUCUGACUUUGUUACCACAGUGAAGAAAAAUCUCUUCAAUGCAGGGACCCAGAAGUCAACUGAAAUUUUAGAAGCAAUGGUACUAAGAAUGUAUAAUGCUUUGAUGUCGGAAACUAAGGAGAGAGGGCAUAGUCUUGUAUACUCUUUAUUGAAGACAGGAUGUUCAAUAGACCCUAACUCUCCAAAUAUGCACUUCGCAUCUUUAAAAGGUGGAUUUCAUGCGAGGGAAAAGGUAAAGCAAGAUCCUGGACAGAGUUCAGCUCAGAAAGUAGGUGAGACAAUAAUUAAGGAUGGAAUUAGCAUGCUGCGAUCAAAAGCAGGAGGCAAAGGUUCAGAGAGGGGAUGUCAUGACAAGAGGCCAGAAAAAAGUAGCUCUACCACUGAGUUUCUAGCAAAAGACCUCAUUUUGACAGCCUUAAUGCUGAUACAGCAACAUCUGUUAACGCAAUACAAGGAACCAACUACUGAGUCAAACACAUCUUCAUUUGGGUAUUAUGAAAAAGGAGGUAAACAUGGUUCCAAAUCUCAUGGUAGCAAGGGUGAUCCACAACAGCAAGAGUACCAGAGGGGAGAAAUACAAAGUGCUCUCUUAUCGAUCAUCCAGAAGGUCCUACAAGAGGCUGGUUUCAAUGUAGAUGAGUGCGAAGUAAGCAGGAAUUUCAAACAAAGUUCUUAUGAUGAGAGGCCUAGCAGAAAGUCCUCAUCCAAACACUACAGUUCAGAAAUGGAUUCUGAAAACAUGGACCAAAUAAACAAGAAAUUCAUUGAUCAGCUGAUGGAAUCUGUGAUGAAGCUGUGUAUGUACAUGACUAAAAGCCCUGAUUUUGUUGUUGAAGAUUACUCUGACGCUACUAAUAUUGGAAAACCACUUGUGCCUGCUGGUUCUGAGGUGAUAGUGAACAACCAGACUGCCAAUACCAGCUCGCAGAAUAGAGAGCUCCAGGCUGUCCUCCAAUGGAUGGCAGCCUCCCACUUCCAAGUGCCCAAUCUCACAUUCAUGAAUGAGAAUGACGAGGAACUGAAGAAGCUUCCUCAACUGGCUGACAAAGCAGCCAAGAAGGGUGCAAGUGUGGGGGAUAUUUUGCAGGAGGUAAUGAAAUAUUUUGAAAAACAACAGGUUGAUGCCGCUGUGGGAAACAUGCCUCGUGGCGGACUUCUUGACUGGUUGCUUGCUAAUAUGUAG